GAAUGCAUCGACGGAGCCCGUGAAAACGGUAACACGCAGAUAGCGGGAGGGGAGUAAUCUAAGGGGGCAUGGAGAUAGUCAUCCGACAAAAAAGGUACUGCAGAUAAAGCUGCCGAUAAACAACACCGAAGAAGAAGAAGCGGAAGGGGAGGAGAAUUCCGACUGAAAUAGUUGGCCAAUGGCAGGCUUACACCCGCAGUCUGGGUCUUGUGAGUCAGACUAGUAAAGAAGUUAAAAAAAAAAAAAAAAAAAAGUCGAAAGUGAAACUGUUUCAAACUCAAACGUCAUUUAAAAGACGGAGGACAUAGAGGAUGCAGUAAAAAGGAAUUAAAUCGGUUGAAAGAACUGACUUGGCUGGUUUGGGACAGAACCCACGUGUGGUCUGAACUGGUCAGAUGUGUUCCAGUCUCCUGAGAUAGAGGGCGCUGUUUAUAAAAUGAGUCUGUCAGAGGAGCCAGACACCAAAGGAGGAACCCUCAGCACUAAGAGGAAGAGGGUCCAAGUAGAAACAGCAGGGUCACCUGUACCCACCUGUAAGUCAAUGAAGAGUUAUCAUUCAAUGGGUCAUCCAAUCACAUUCAGAGGAGAGGUCACAGGUGACCAAAGGGUCCAGGUAGAAAGAGCAGGGUCACCUGUACCCAGCUGUCUGUCUAUGAAGAGUGAUUGUUCAAUGGAUCAUCCAAUCACAUUCAGGGGAGAGUUCGCAGGUGAUCAAAGGGUCCAGGUAGAAAGAGCAGGGUCACCUGUACCCAGCUGUCUGUCUAUGAAGAGUGAUAGUUCAAUGGAUCAUCCAAUCACAUUCAGGGGAGAGUUCGCUGGUGAUCAAAGGGUCCAGGUAGAAAGAGCAGGGUCACCUGUACCCAGCUGUCUGUCUAUGAAGAGUGAUCGUUCAAUGGAUCAUCCAAUCACAUUCAGGGGAGAGUUCGCAGGUGAUCAAAGGGUCCAGAUAGAAACAGCAGGGUCACCUGUACCCAGCUGUAUGUCCAUGAAGAGCGAUCAUUCAAUGGACCGUGGAAUCACAUUCACAGGAGAGGUCACAGGUGAUCAAAGGAUACCGCAGUCACUCCAGUCUUGCUCUUUAGAAGAGAACAGUUCAGAGAAAUUAUCUUCCCCAAGACAGCUUGGCUGGUUUGGGAUGGAACCCACGUGUGGUCUAAACUGGUCAGAUGUGUUCCAGUCUCCUGAGAUAGGGGGCGCUGUUUAUAAAAUGAGUCUCUCAGAGGAGCCAGACACCAAAGGAGAAACCCUCAGCACUAAGAGGGAGAGGGUCCAGAUAGAAACAGCAGGGUCACCUGUACCCAGCUGUAUGUCCAUGAAGAGCGAUCAUUCAAUGGACCGUGGAAUCACAUUCACAGGAGAGGUCACAGGGUGGUCUCUUAGUGCAGGAGUCCGCUGCAGCGUGAUCCGGAAGAUAGGCGUGGUCUGGAGCAUGUGUCCGCGGUGGCGUGGUCUGGAGCAGGCGUCAGCAGUCUUGGUGGUGUCUUCGGGUGAUGGGCACGGUUUGGUCCGAGAGUGA